GGCAAUUCCGUGCCAAAGGCUCAGCGCCUAGGCGCGCAGAGAGAGAGGAGGAGGAGGAGAGGAGGAGGAGGAAGAGGGGGGACGGGCAGAGGAGCGACGACGGACGGACGAAAAGAGAGCCGCCACCCGGGUGGACCGGCGCCAUUGGGGCGAGCAGGGCAGCCCAGGCAGACGCCUCGCACUCUGGCUGGCGCGCGCUCUCUGCCCACGAAGCAAGGAGGAGAAGGCGCCACUCGCAAGGCCAGGAGCCGGGCCGUCCAUGCCCCAAGAUCGCGCCCGCCGAAGGGAUCCAGCAGCAGCGCCGUCAGAUCGCAGCGGGAAGCGAGCUGCUGGCUAUGGCCCUGUCCCUGCCACGCACACUGGGUGAACUCCAGCUUUAUCGGGUCCUACAGCGAGCCAACCUCCUCUCCUACUAUGAGACCUUCAUCCAGCAGGGUGGUGAUGAUGUGCAGCAGCUCUGUGAGGCAGGCGAGGAGGAGUUCCUGGAGAUCAUGGCUCUGGUUGGCAUGGCGACCAAGCCACUCCAUGUCCGGCGCCUCCAGAAGGCCCUGCGAGAGUGGGCCACCAAUCCUGGGCUCUUUAACCAGCCAGUGCCUUCUAUACCUGUAAGCAGCAUACCCCUCUUCAAGAUCUCUGAGUCAGGGGGGCGCAAGUCACUGACCAAUGGGCACACUAGCCCUGGAGAGACUCCCAGCAAAGCCAAUGGUACCUCCCCUGCCAAGAGCCCCUCGGAGCCGAGAGAGAAGCUAUCCCCCUUGCCUGCAAUCCAGUGGGGCAAUCCGGAGUCUGAAGAGGAAGGUGGGGCAUCGUCACCCAGUGAGCACCCCUCGUCCACAGAGCAUCUAGAUCCGGAGCUGUCCCAGGCGGUGUCAGAGUGUGUGGAGCGCCUUCUGCGCAGCUGUCCUCGUGGUGGUGAUACCGAGCUGAGGACCCUCAUGAAGCUGAACAAGAAGUUGGCCAAAACAGUAGGGCAUAUCUUCCGGAUGGACAACGGCGACCCUCGCAAAGAGGAAGAGAUCCGGCGUCACAGCGCCAUCUAUGGGCGGGGUGAGGCCCGGCGAUGUGAGGGCAAGCAGCUCACACUACAUGAGCUUACCAUCAAUGAGGCUGCCGCCCAGUUCUGCCUGCGAGACAACUCCCUGCUGCUGCGUCGUGUGGAGCUGUUUUCGCUGUCACGCCAGGUGGCCCGAGAGAGCAGCUAUCUGUCCUCACUUAAAGGAUCCAGACUGCAUCCAGAUGAGGGUGGCGCUGGGCAACCUAAGCGGCUCAAGCAGGAGGUUGCAGAGCAUAGCCGCCCUGAACUUCCUCUAGUCUGUGAAUCCUUUCUGCCUCAGUACCGAUCCAGUGUGGAGGAAGACACAGCCAGCCUGUCAGGCGAAAGCUUAGAUGGACACCCACAAGCCACAGGGUCCUGUCCUCGGCUUACACCACCCCCCAGCACUGCCCCUGAUGCACUUUUGAGCCUCCCUGCUCACGGGCUCUGGAGUCGUCAUAUCCUGCAGCAAACUCUGAUGGAUGAAGGGUUACGGUUGGCCCGACUGGUAUCACAUGAGAGGGUGGGACGACUCAGCCCGUGCCUGCCAGGAAAGCCCCAGGGACCAGAAUUUGGGGAAACCCUUUCUGAGCGGUGCCAGCCCCCGGCAGCACAACUGGAGACCAGAAGGAAUAGUGUUAAGGCAGAACCAGACACCAGCCGACACUGAGCGACAGGUAACUUUGCGCUCAGUCACCAAGCAAUAAUGUGCCCAUCAGCGUUGCACAUCAAGAGAGACGCUUGCAGGGGAGAGGGGUGCAAUCCUCCGUGUCACCACAAGGAGGCAUGCUUGGCUUCAUUGACUGAAGAGGAGCUACUGUAUCUUAGCACACCCAUUUCCCAGUCCCAGUUCUCUUCACAAAAUGGAGGACCUGCCUGCCCCACCCCCCCACCCAAGCAUAACAUGGGAAAUGUACAGAUGGGGAAAGUGCAUCAUGUAACAACUUCCAGAAGGGUUAGGGUCUUUAAGGUGCCACAAGUUACUUUUCUGUUUUUGCAUCAUGUACGAAGCUUGUGAUCCUAAUAGUGAUGCGAAAGCCAUGAGCUCAGGGAGACCAAAUCUCUGGCUGGAUUUUCCCAUGAGGGGCUACUGGAAAGUUAGCCUCUACCACAGCAGUCACCCUCAGGUGGGGCCUGGGACUGUGGUGUACACAGCCAUAAAUACAAUAUGCCCGAGACAGAAAGGCAUUCAGCUUCUCAGCUGCAUCGCCUUCAAAACCACUGAUAGCAUUUCCGAAUGCUCCCACGCCCACAUUUAUUUCAACCACGCACUGACUCAUACAUGCCUCCCAUAUGUGUACAUACAACACAUUCUCUCCACAGCCAUUUUCUUUGACACACACACACACACUCCUAAUGUUUUUCACAGCACAGUUUUCACUCUGUUGUAGCUCUUGUAUUCAAGGCUGAAAGGAGCUCCUACUGGGAUGAAUACACACACACACACACACACAACCUGCUGACAUCACCACUCUUGGUACUGACCUUAUCAUGGUGUGGUCACUGAUCACUAUUUAGUCUUGUCCAGACACCUGUGAGGUGCUUUGCGCCCAUGACUGCUCUAGAGAGAAGAUGCUAGAAUUUUACCCCUGACUGCCAACCAUAUUUUAUUUAAUUGCUGCCAUGGGUUUGUGGGCUGGUGAUAACUAUCCACCCAACGGCAUGUCAAGCAGCAGGUUAGUUUUUGCAGUUUAGAGAAAAUUUGGAGAUACAGCAAUUAGAUUGGACUUUAAAGCCCUUUUGCCUGUCAGCCUGCCUCCACCACAACUUUGUGUGAUCAGUAGAUGCUCCAGAAAGGAAGAGGAAAGGUAGUCAGGUGCUCUCUUAGUUGAGACCAGAAAGAAUAUCAUCUGCUCUCUUAUGGCAGUUUCUUGCUCUGCCUUUCCUGGGGCAGUCAGCUCACGUUCUUGGGGCUUAUCUAUACCUUUUCCUCCCUGCCUUUUGUAAUACAGCAGGAAGAGGAAAGAGCAGCUGAGAGGAAUCCAGUAUCAUCAGAACAAAAGAGGGCGCGUGUUGGCUGAGCAGAUACCAGCAUUGUCUCGCCAACCGUGCACACCAAGGCGAUGUGACAUUUUGAAUGCCCUGGCUUGCAGUGUAGAUCUCCCAGUUCAGAGCACUUGCACAAAGACGAAGAAGUGGGUGCACAACCACACUGGGGGAAAGUAGCCAUGCAGCCAUAGUCCUGAUGGGAAAGUCCAGGCUGUCCCCUGCCAGUUUGUGCGCCCACACUGACAGGUUACCCAUCAGAAUUGCCCUUUCUGUUCCUUUGUUCACCCUUGACCAGUGGCGGCUUGGUGUUAGCCUGGUGCUAGAAGUUCCAGCGGUAUUUACUGCAGUGUCCCCUGGGAGCCUUGAAUGAGAGGCAGGGCAGGCGUUUCUGGAGUCUAACACUUCCUAGGCAGAAGCAGUUGGGAAGAGUGCCCUUUGGAAAGGCCAGGGCCAGCUUGGGUGGCCCCAAGCCUAAUAUUAAUGUUGCUGCUCUUAUCCUGCAGGAUGUAUGCAGGGUGAGGGUGAUCUUUCCCUCAAGGGCUUUCCUGAUUCCAUUCCUCUUUUCCUACUCAAUAAUUGGUGGGAAGGGAAGGGAUUGAAGUUGUGUAAACUUCACAGGAUGUUGACCAGCCCCUGUUGCCCCAAGGUUCUGUGACGGGAGGAAACUGUGUCGGCCUAUGAGAGCUCUCCAGGGUAGCCUCCUGCCUCUUGGACUCUGAUGCCCCAACAGCUGUCUGACUUUGAACUGUCAACUGGAUUGGGCCAGUCGUGAGAGAGGCAGCUUCUGUUUCCCUUUACUCAUUGCAAGGGAAUACAGCACAAAUCCCUGCUUCACAAGGAGGGUGCAAAUAGGAACAGCAAGAACUUAGAUCCCUAGAAACGAGGCCAUAGGAGUAGUAUGGAAGCAAGUUUUACUGGAGAAAAAGUUUCCUUGAAAACACAGGUGCAAACACAGAGAGUCCAGGAAAGCCUUUGACCUUCAGUGGAGCCAACCCACUUGCCAUUGGUUCCAGUCCCCAUCCUCUUCCUUGGUGUCUGUCUAGAGAAAAUUAGCACCCUUUCAUUUGUAAUGUACAGUAGAUUAUUUAUUUUGUUAUUUGGGAAUAAAGUCUUAUUUUAUGGCUUA